AUGAGCCGGCCCCAUCCCUGCAUCUCCUUUUGCUGGAUGUAUUUUGCUGCUUCUGGAAUCAAAGCCGUAGAGACAGCAAAUGGCAAGUAUGCCCAGAAAUUGUUUAGCGAUCUUUUUGAAGACUACUCCAAUGCUCUGCGUCCAGUAGAAGAUACGGACGCGGUGCUGAACGUCACUCUGCAGGUCACGCUCUCCCAGAUAAAGGACAUGGACGAGAGAAAUCAGAUUCUGACAGCUUAUCUGUGGAUCCGUCAAACCUGGCACGAUGCAUACCUCACAUGGGAUCGAGACCAGUAUGACGGGCUGGACUCCAUCAGGAUUCCCAGUGAUCUGGUGUGGAGGCCGGACAUUGUCCUCUACAACAAGGCCGAUGACGAGUCUUCAGAGCCGGUGAACACCAACGUGGUCCUGCGGUAUGAUGGGCUCAUCACCUGGGACUCACCAGCCAUCACCAAAAGCUCCUGUGUGGUGGAUGUCACCUAUUUCCCCUUCGACAGCCAGCAGUGCAACCUGACCUUUGGUUCCUGGACCUACAAUGGGAACCAGGUGGACAUAUUCAAUGCCCUGGACAGUGGUGACCUCUCUGACUUCAUUGAAGACGUGGAAUGGGAGGUUCAGGGCAUGCCUGCCGUGAAGAACGUCAUCUCCUACGGCUGCUGCUCGGAGCCUUACCCAGACGUCACCUUCACUCUCCUUCUGAAGAGGAGGUCUUCCUUUUACAUCGUCAACCUCCUCAUCCCUUGCGUCCUCAUAUCGUUCCUCGCUCCGCUGAGUUUCUACCUCCCAGCAGCAUCCGGGGAGAAGGUCUCUCUGGGAGUGACCAUCUUAUUGGCCAUGACUGUAUUUCAGCUAAUGGUGGCAGAGAUCAUGCCAGCCUCAGAAAACGUCCCUCUGAUAGGAAAAUACUACAUAGCUACCAUGGCCUUGAUCACCGCCUCCACAGCCCUUACCAUCAUGGUGAUGAAUAUCCACUUCUGUGGGGCGGAAGCCCGGCCAGUACCACAUUGGGCUAAGGUGGUCAUCCUGAAAUACAUGUCCAGGAUCUUGUUUGUCUACGAUGUGGGUGAGAGCUGCCUUAGCCCCCGUCACAGCCAGGAGCCAGAACAAACCACAAAGGUUUAUAGCAAACUCCCAGGGUCCAACCUGAAAACAUCCAGAAACAAAGACCUUUCCAGAAAGAAGGAACUGAGAAAACUCCUAAAGAAUGACCUAGGGUACCAGGGUGGGAUCCCCCAGAAUACUGACAGCUACUGUGCACGCUAUGAAGCACUGACAAAAAAUAUUGAAUACAUUGCCAAAUGUCUCAAGGACCACAAGGCCACCAACUCCAAGGGCAGCGAGUGGAAGAAGGUCGCCAAGGUCAUAGACCGUUUCUUCAUGUGGAUUUUCUUCGCUAUGGUGUUUGUCAUGACCGUCUUGAUCAUAGCAAGAGCAGAUUAG